GCGGAUGUUCCCCUCUCGUCCCACUGCAUCCUGUACCUUCCAAUGUCGACGAACAAACCCGUGUCUUACGGAAGCCCUUUUUGGAAAGGAAAAGGCAAAGCUGGUGAUGAGAGCGACCUCAAUCCCACCAUCACGUACAAGUCACUCCUUUCCAAGACUCUCGGCUCCAAGGAUCCUCUCCGCGUAAUUGCUCUGUGCGACAGCGAUGCAUUCUAUGCCGCGUGCGAGAUGAUACGUCUCGGGGUCCCGGACAAACCCCUUGUUGUCCUGCAGUGGCAGUCGCUCAUUGCAGUCAAUUAUCCCGCCCGCAAGUUCGGAAUCACCCGGAUGAUGAAAAUACAAGAAGCGCAGGAACGCUGUCCAGAUCUCAUUGUUGUCCACGUUGCUACCUAUAAAGAGGGCGACCAGGAACCCCAGUACCGAGAUUCCCCAGAUUCGAGGACUCAUAAGGUGUCGCUCGAUUUAUAUAGGAGAGAAUCAGUCAAGAUGUUGCAGAUGUAUAAGAAUGGCCUACCCGGAAGCGCUGAAGUGGAGAAAGCCAGCAUCGAUGAGGCGUUCAUAGAUCUCACGCAGCCCGUCAGGGAGAUCAUGAUCGAACGAUACCCAUAUCUUACCCAUGUACCCAACGACGCGCCGCUUGGUGCUGAUACACCACUUCCUCAACCGCCUCAAACUUCCUGGCACGAAAGUACGAUCAUAUCUCCGAACGAUGAAGCUUCGGUCGAGAUGCCAACCACCUGGCAUGACAUCGCGCUCUCCAUCGGUGCAGAGUGUAUGCAGCGAGUACGGGAACAAAUUCUUAAUACGCUGGGCUACACCACUUCCGCUGGAAUCGCGAGGAACAAGUUUUUAGCCAAGCUUUGUGCUUCGCAUAGAAAGCCGAUGGGCCAGUCUGUUCUCAGGAACGCGGCCAUUCCUGCAUAUCUUCAACCUUUGGAAUUCAGACGGAUCCGAUUCUUGGGAGGCAAACUUGGAGACGCUCUGGCCGAUGUGUACGAUGUGUCCACAGUGGCUGAUCUUUUGCAAAUCUAUAAGUCUAGACGAAAUGCAGAUGAAAUUUGGAGAGGAGUCUAUUUGGAUAUACAAUGGGGAUUGACUAUACAGAAGGCAAACUGCCAAUCUCCCUACGCGGCAGGUAGUUGCUCACGAUCUGAUAUAGUCAAAGAAAAGCAAGCGCUCAUGAAAAGUAUGUUGGCGUCCAAGAACUUACCGCAUCCGGUGACCCAAUUGGCCGACGGUUAUCCCUGGAUUCGAGUCCUUGCAGCAGAAUUGGCCCUCCGACUGAUUGAGGCUCGUACGACCGCACCCAAUAUGUGGCCGAAAACCCUUGUCAUGGGUGCCCGGAAUUCAAGAUCUCCGGAUGGACGAAAUAGAUCUAAACAAGCCCCGUGGCCGUUUAUUCGCGACAUUACUGUCGAUGCGAUUGCUGCAGUCGCGGACAGACUCUGGAAGGAGCUCAUUGAUCCCACCGUCCCAUUCGAGAUCAUCGGGGUGUCUCUUGCAUUUUCAGGGAUUGAAGCUGUCGAAGCUGGCCUCAAGAGCAUAGAUGGAUUUUUCAAGGGCCACUCGUUAAAACGACCAUUCGAAGGGGAGCCACUCGAAUGCGACAAUGUCCCCGACGUCGAGUCAAAAUCGAGCAGGAAUAUAUCGAAAGAUUCUUCCACAUUUGUUUGUGGCAGAUGUGGCCACCGUACAGUUCUGACUCCAUCAGCUACACGGACAGAAACGGAGCGUCAAGCCGCGCUUGAUCUGAUACAGAUGGAGCACGACGACUUCCACCUCGCUCUGAAUCUGUCCAAGCUUUCUGGUGAACAGUCAUCCGCGCGAUCUGAACCACCCAAGAAGAAGCAGAAGAAGAAAAAGGAUCUCCCCCAAGGGAUUGCUCGGUUCUUCCAAUCACAGUCCAAAUCACUGUAGACUAGUUACUCAGAGUUGCCCAUCAGCCAGAACUGAGAGGACAUAUGUGCAACAAUGCUGUGCUGUGAUGAGACGUCAAGCUCCAGGUUCAGUAUCAAACGUUUACAUAAAGGGUGUUGCGGCCAAGCGCGGAUCCAGCGUAGCCGAGCAAGGUCACCUAAACUCUUCGUUUUCUUUCCGCCGGCUUGCUUUUCGUUUCUUCUUUUCUCUUCUAUUUUUCUUUUCCCUGUGCAGGCUCGGGCUAUUAUUUUCAAUCACAAGGACCGCAGGCGCUGGAGGCCCUCUAAUUAUCAAAUUUUUCAUUCACCAUCGGCACCAUGUCGAGUCCGCCCGACUUGCACCAAUUCCUUCGCUUCACAUCUCAAGAGAUCCCAGGAGCUGUGCUCGUGAAUGCAAUCGCUGUCCUUUCGACUUUAGGCCUACUUACUGUCGCUUUUCGCGUCAUAUGGCUUGCCCUCCGACGCUAUUUCUCGUCUGACUCGGACUCUCAGUCCCGCGAAUACGUGUUCUUCAAUACAGUGCUCGGCAACUACGCUGCCUGUCUACUCAUCUCGAAUGUGCUAAGCGGAGUGGCGGGAAUGAUGGGGCUCGGCCAGCUCGCGCAAGGAGGGAUCGAAGAGGGGGCCUACUGCACUGCUCAAGCCAUCGUGAUGCAGAUCAGUAACAUUGGAAUCGCGUACUUCACUGUGGCAAUCGGUUUCCAUACCUUCAACUCGCUCGUGCUCGCAAAACGGCAAUCUGUGCUUAUUUGCGCACUGACCAUCACCACCGGGUGGACGCUCGCGGCCGUGAUCGCCGUCGUUCCUAUGCUCAACGAGAAUCCCGAGUUUGGCCCCACAUACGGCAUCUCGGGCUUGAGUUGCAAUAUCCGGCCAGUGUACAACCAUCGACUCUUCUUCUAUCAUCUGCUCCCAAUCUUUAUCGCGUCUAUAGCAUCUGCGUUGCUUUAUUCGAUCAGCUUCUUGGUCUUGCGAGGAACACUUGUGAUACGAGGUGGAUUGAAGCUGACCCUUGAUCCGAAUGAGCGCUGGGCGGGCAAUGUCAAGAAUUACCACAAGUUCGUGGCAGGUAUCUCCCGGAGCAUGUUGUGGAUUCUGACAGCCUAUGUCGUGCUGCUAGUGCCGUAUUCGAUCACACGGCUGAUGGAUUUGUCCGACCAGUCCUGCCCAUUCCCGCUACUAGUCACUGCAUACGUGUUUUGGUUCUUGCUCGGUGUGGCCAACGUGAUCACGCUUUACAACACUUUCCGGGUGCUUGGCCCAGCGAUUUCGAAGGGAUCCGGGGGUGAGAAGGAUGCCGAGUCCAGUGCAAGCCGGUCUGGUUCGCACAUUCUUCCUCCGAUGAUUGCUGUUGGAGAAGCCGACUACACUCUACGACCGUCGAUGACAUCUUCCAUGUCGGAGAAAGUAUCCCGGCCCAAUUCGAUCGACAGCUUCAUCCAGGUUCAGCCUGCUCCAUCGGAGGAUUCGGCCAGACCAUUUCAGUUGCAGCCGCCACCGUUGUUAUCAGCUCGGAUACAGCCCCGGAGAGAAGAAAUAUUCGACCAGGUGCCUCGAAGCCACAGUCGUAACUCCAGUUAUUCUCGGACUCACUCGCGAAAUGGAAGUGACAUGUCCGCCACAACUCCGAGUUUCUACAGCUAUGGGACAACGCUUUCGGUUGACGCGCCUUCUCGACCGAAAGCGCGUGCUUCCAAGUUGUACAACGAGCCUCUCACCCCGAACCGAUUGCCUCGGAGCACUCCGCCUCCGAUGAUGCCUCCUAGCCAGGGUCUUCCCGCUCCACCACGUCCGUCAAAGCGCCCUACCAGGCGCCAGGAGCCCAGCACCCCUCAGCUUGCUUCAUCGGGAUACAUGCCAAAUGGACUCAUCAGCGCAGUUGGCUCCGAGUAUCAAGUACCCCCGAUUCCAACCGACGUCCAACCUAAUGCUUCCGAGAUAUUCCGCAGCCAGUCAGUCCAGAGCUACAAUGUGCUUCGCAGCGAGGCGAACCGCCCAAGAGGAAACUCGGAACCAAAGCGGGCAUGAUGCCGCCGGCCCACCCUCUUUACUUUCCUUCACUUGUAUGUAGCCGUCAAGUAUGAUAGCAAGCUAUCUGUUUUGUCUAGGAAAACCUUGUCAUCAGCAAUGAGACAACGCGUCAAUCACGUGAGCGCGACAAACUCAUUCUCAAACCCGCACCGUCAUGGCUAGUAGCCGCUGGUCCACCUUUUGGCGGCGCACCGGGGAUGCUUUCCAGAACCAGACUCGUCGGAUCGUUCGCAUGGAAGGCGCGGAUAUUCCUAGCCGCGCACCCCGGACUCUGUACACAUUCAACACCCCAAGAGACGCUACCGAAGUUGUAGUCGGAUCUGACGCCGACAUCGGAGGCUACUCGACCGUCAACUUUUCUCUGGACACGAGCAGCGAGAGUGAGAGUGUUGGGCGACCAACGGGCAAGUUUUCGGGCAAUUUGAAGCUGGAUGUGCUCCCCCACUUGCGUGGACGGAUCAUCGCUGGCUACGCCGGAUUCAAAACCCCCGUGAGGCAAACUCUGUUUGGGAAGACCACAGACAACGUCUACUUCCACGAGUAUCUAGCUUUGCGUGUCCGAGCUGCGGGGGAUCCCGUACUGCAUAAAUCUUUCUAUGUCAAUGUUCAGACGCUGGAUACCAUGGCUCAAAAAACGGUCUGGCAGCAACCAUUGCGAUUCCGCAGACGAGAUAACGACUGGGAGACUGUCUACUUGCCUUUCUCUGACUUCGAAGCUUUCACCGCCGGAGAGCCGGCCGAAUACGACGAAUCAAUAGACAAGGAGAAUAUCUUGACUGUCGGUAUUUCUGUCCUCGGAGGGAAGGAACACAUCGGCGGCCCGUAUGAGCUAGGUAUUGACUCCGUAUUUGUGGCGAACAAAGAGGACAUUCCUCCUGAAAGCUUGAAACCACACGAUGAACUGGCAGAGUUGGAUCCGUACGCGGAAGACCCGGAUCCGGAGACCUUGCCCACGAGAAGUGCGACAUAGUUGGAUGCUUUGCACCUCUACACCUAGACCGAAAAGGCCACAAAAAUACAACACAACUUUAUUCCUUCUCUACAAUACUUACAUUCACUGCAGGGGGACUUAAUUUUUUUCCGUGGAAAAUGCGUG